CUGCGGCAGUCCUAUCUCUUCACUCAAAGCUAGUUUCAGCGAGAGGGGGAGAGAGAGGCGUAGAAAUGGCGGUUAAGUCUGUAGUUCUUCUCUGUGUCGUCCUGGCCUCUCUCCUGCUCAUCUUCCAGGAUGUGGUGUAUGCUAGAGAGCUCAGUGAAGCCAACGAGUCUGAGGGAAAGAAUGUGAAACCAGCAGGAGGGGCUGGACUCAAGGAUGAGAAGUGGGGAGGCGGAUACAACCGUGGUGGAGGAUAUGGAAACGGCGGUGGUUACGGUGGAGGAUAUGGAAAUGGCGGUGGGUAUGGAGGAGGAUAUAAUCAGCCUGGCUACAGUGGUGGAUAUGGGCCUAGAUAUGGUGGAGGAUACAACCAUGGCCAUGGUGGUGGCUAUGGAGCUGGAUAUGGUGGUGGGUAUGGUGGCCCUGGAUACGGUGGUGGGUAUGGUCAACCUGGCUACGGCAAUGGAUAUGGAGGUGGCUACGGAGGAGGUUAUGGUAAUGGUGGUGGUGGCUACGGCGGAGGUGGGGGUUAUGGAGGAGGAUACGGUGGUGGAGGACACCAUGGUGGAUGGAAUUAAGAAGAACAACUACAUAUGUUUUUCUAUGUCAAAUAAGUCAUGCUCAGUGACUGCUUGAAGAAUGUUGUAUAGUUUAUUUAUGGGAAUGAUGUCCGUGGGACCCUAAAUAUGGACUGUUCACUUGAAUCAAAAUAUGGUAAGAAGAGCUGGCCUUGUAUGGUAUCUUAUGCCUUAGCUUGCUUUUAGAAUUUGUAAUCAUGAUGUGUCAAUCCAUACAUAUAAAUAAAAGGAUAUCCAAUUAAUUUUGGAAACAAA